CCCACUGUCAAUCUUGAGAUUCUUGUUGGCGCCAGGGAAUGUUUUGCUUUGGCUGUUCUUAUGGGUUUUGGCUUGGAGUUUGGGUCUCUGCCUAUCAGAACUUACACAAGUCAGGGGCUUCGACAUUUGGCGGUGGUGGCACCGGAUGGGAAAGCUUCUGACACCCAAAAAAACUUGCAAUGCUAUGAAAAUGCGGAGGCAAAAAAGGGUACAUUAGGGGUCGAGGCUCACAUAUACUCAUUGCUGUUGGUUGGCGUUUGGUUUGCUUUUGGGGGCAUGGUUAUCGGUUUGGAAGGGAAAGGUCUCCCUGGCGAUGAAGGGAAACGGCCCUGGCUGGAUCAUGCAGCCAGUGUGCUCAAGAGGAGAGCAUCUGCAACUUCGACUUGAUCGGAAUGCAGGAGCCUCACCAUACCUUGUAUGAAUACUCCGCGCCGCCUGCGCUAGUGUGGAGGGC